GUGUUUUCAUAAUUUGCACAUUUGAUGCGUGCGUUUUCUUUACUUACGUGUGCUUUCUUAACUUGCAGUAUUUUCUAGUCGCGUGUUUAUUAUUAAUUUACCCUAACCCCCACGUGGACCCUCGGGGAACUCCUCCACUUCCGUCUUACCUCCGGAAGUCGCAGGGACACCAAACAUGGACGUGAAGUCUCUGGUCCAGGAUCGAGCCGCGGCUCUGGUGCUCGGGGUCGGAGCCGCGGCUCUGGGCCUCGGGCUCGGAUACAGGUUCCUGAGACGGAGCGAGGAGCUGGUCCGUGUGGGCGUCGUGUCCCAGCUGCUGCUCCACCCGCUGAAGUCCGGCAGAGCGGUGUCUCUGUCCCUCGCCGAGUGUCUCCCGAUGGGGCUGAAGUUCGGACACAUGCAGGACCGACACUGGCUGGUGGUGACAGACGACGGUCACAUGGUGACGGGCCGACAGCAGCCGUCUCUGGUCCUCGUGUCACUGACCUGCGAGGGGGGGCAGGUUUGUUUGAACGGACCAAACAUGGAGGAGCUGAGGUUUCCGGUCAAACAGCCUGACAACAACAUCACAGACUGCAGAGUGUUUGGCAGUGACAUCCAGGGCCGGGACUGCGGCGAAGAGGCGUCCCGCUGGCUCACUGGAUAUCUGGGGGAGGGGAAAACCUUUCGCCUGGUGCACUUUGAGCCGCAGAUGAAGGCCAGGAGGUCCACGGAGAUCGAGCCUCUUUUCCCACAGUGUGAGGUGGCGUACCCAGAUGUGGGACCUGUGAUGCUGCUGUCCGAGGCCUCAGUGAAGGAUCUCAGCAGCAGGCUGGAGAAGGACGUCACAGUCGACCGCUUCCGCCCAAACAUCGUGAUCAGCGGCUGCGAGGCCUUCGAGGAGGACUCCUGGGAAGAGAUCCAGAUUGGCAGCGUGCGGCUGCAGCGCGUCAUGUCAUGUGGAAGGUGCAUUUUCACCACAGUCGACCCUAAGACUGGAAUAAUCAACAGGAAAGAGCCUCUGGAGACACUGAAAAGCUACCGUAAGUGCAAGCCCUCCGAGAAGCACAUCUACAAGUCGGCUCCGCUGUUCGGGCAGCUGCUCACCGUGAAGAAGACGGGGAUCCUGCAGGUCGGAGAUGUCGUGUACAAGAUCCGCCGCUGAGAGAGCGAGGAAGAGGAAGAGGAGGGUCGGCCCAGUCGCUGCUGAGUCACUGGGUCACCAGGAGAAGAAGCACUUAGGUAAAGAAAGUACCAACGAUAAGGAGGAAGCACUCAUAUGUUUUAAAUGAGGCUGUGAGCAAAGAGCGCAGUUCAAAAUAACACCGAUGAUCAAGUAGUGUUUUUAUACUGGGCUGUUGUGUAACACUAUUAGAACCCCAAAAGGUAUUUUUGCACAUUUAAUAAAUCCUGACAUUAUUGCACUUGCUGCCAUUUGUGAGAAAAAUGAAAUUGUCUUUUGCUGAUUAAGUGUGAACUAAAUAAACAGGACUUGUAUCGACAUGGUGAUUUGAUUAUUUUUAAAUGAUCAGUUUCUUAGAACACGUUUUUCUAAAAGUUGUAAUAAGGAUGUUGACAUUUUUUGACGAUACCUUUUUAAGCAAAUAAAGUGAUUUUUAAAAUGGA